AUGCGCGCGUCGCGCGCGCGUCGCGACGUCGCGAUCGCGCCGUCGCGUCGCCGACGUCGCGCCGGCCAUCGUCGCGCGACGGACGCCGACGGAUUCUGGAUCCCGGGGCCGUUCUUAAGACCCGAGGGAUCGCCCGCGAGCGAGUCGUGCACCGGGCCGACGGUGUGGCGAUUGAUGCAGACGGAGCUCGCGGAGAGCGGACUCGAGCAGAUCGCGCCGUCGCGCGCGCGCGCGAUGGCGACGUCGAACGGGUGGACGCUGCUCGACGUGCGACCGCGGAGCGAUUAUCGCGAGAGACACUGCUGGGGCGCGGCGAACGCGCAGUAUUAUCGAGCGAUGGACGCGCGCGCGCCGGAAAAUUGGGGAAAGGCGGCGCUGAGCGCGAUGAUGUUUCCGGAGCGCGUCGGGAAGGGGUAUCUGAACGUGACGGAGAAUGAGAAUUUUAUGGAGGAGGUGCUGGAGGCGGUGGAGUGGGGGUCGAAACUCAUCGUGUACGACGACGCGGGGGGGGUGAUCGGGGAGCCGGGAGUGAAUUUCGAGAACGGCGUGCAGACGCCGAGCUUGAUGGCGAUCUACGAGCUCGCGGCGCGGGGGUGGGGGACGGAAAAUUUAUUGCACAUGGCGGGGGGGCUCGUUUACUGGGACGAGGUCGACCGCUUCGACUGCGGGGAGAUCGACGCGAGCGCGCUCGAAGAGGAGGCGCGAGCCGACGGCGCGAGCGAGGGCUGGUGA